UUUCUUACCGGAUUGCUUCACUAUACCCUUGUACUUGAGACCAUGGAAACGGCUAAAAAAAAUACCGCGUAUUCUCCCGUAGCCUAACCUUUCCCUUGUGUGUUAAUCCAAUGGUCAGGUUAUGCUUGUACAUAUAAAAGUAUUUAUACAAAAUACUCAGCAAAUUUUAACAAACAAGAGCCAUAUCACAUUAGGAGAAAAUAUUUUAUUCUACGUAAAAGCAACAAUUAACAAACUACGUGCAAUAUAAAUGUGUUAAUUAAGUAAUUAACAAACGACGCGAUGUCAUUAACAUAUCGGUCAGGUCUAGAUCCCCGAAAAUAGAAAAACAGGUAGCACUACAUAAUUUGUAUAUUUUAACUAAGGACGAUACCAUAGCAUAUAACUUUUCACUUAUUUAAUACGCCUCGGGUUCACCUCCUCUGUGUUUAAUUUACCGUACAAUUUUACAUCUUCUAUUAUUAUUUCACACUAUUGAGUAUUGCCGCGGCAUUCAAAACCAUCGAUUGGCUUUUAUUUCAAAAUGAAAUUACUACAAUACGUUUUUAUUAUUGUUGUCUUUUUAUACUUACUGCUCUCUACCCAAUGUCUGGCUGAAAACGUAAUAGUUAACCAAUUCAAGUUCGAUCCCUUAGGAGCAAUGAAAGAGUUGGCAGAAGUAAUAGACAUUUUGAAUUCCAAACAAUCAACACAUCCGGAUGUUCAUUUAAAUAUUACCCAGUUAGUUGAGAAGUAUGGGUAUCCCGUCCAAGAAUAUAAGGUGACUACAGAAGACGGUUAUGUACUCACAAUGUUUAGAAUCGAGAAAAAAGGUCCGCCAGUGCUCCUGAUGCAUGGAAUCCUGCUGAGUGCGGAUGACUGGGUGAUCGCAGGCCCAGACGAUGGUCUAGCAUACAUUCUAGCAUCGUCAGGCUACGAUGUUUGGAUGGGGAAUGCACGAGGAAACAAGUAUUCUAGACAACAUGAAAGCAUUUCGCCUGAAGACUCCAAAUUCUGGGAAUUCAGUUGGAACGAAAUAGGCGUCAACGAUUUGCCAGCUAUGAUAGACUUUGUGCUCGAAACUACAAGUGAAAAACAAUUAGCGUACAUUGGUCAUUCACAGGGAACAACAAGCUUUUUCGUGAUGUGUUCGGAGAAACCAGAAUAUAAUCAAAAGAUUUCAAUAAUGAUUGCUCUGGCGCCCAUUGCUGCGAUACCUAACGCAAAGAGUCCUUUAGCUAGAAUACUGGCGCCAUACCAUUAUUACGCGAAUGUUUUGGUCAAGUUAUUUAAAAUACAUGAAGUAUUGCCAAUGCCCGUAGAGUACCAAUAUAUGGAAAAUCCAGUGUGUGAAAUAGGUAACGGCAUAAUUUGUAGCACUGUCCUAUUCAUGUUUACUGGAUUCGAUUAUGAACAAAUUAAUCAAACAAAUUUACCAGUGAUAUUUUCUCAUACACCAUCCGGUUCCUCUGCUCAACAAUUCAUUCAUUAUUUACAAAUUAUAAAUUCAGGAGUAUUUAGAAAAUUUGACUACGGCGAUAACAAGAAUCAAGCAAUUUACGGAUCAAGCAAACCUCCUAAAUAUCGUUUGGAACUUGUUAAGGCUCCCGUAGCCUUAUUCUACAGUGAAAACGAUUGGUUCUCCGACGUCGAAGACGUUACAAACCUACAAAAUAAACUACCGAAUGUCAAAGAAAUGUAUCUUGUCCCGUUCAAAAAGUUCAACCACGCUGACUUUUUAUGGGCAAAGGAUGUGAAGCGAUUAGUCUAUGCUAGAAUUACAGACGUGCUGAAAGAUUCGAAAUCAAUGAAAACCAUCUAAUGUGCUAGUAAUUCAUGUGGGUUAUAACAAAAGCUGACGUAAACAUUGCAUUGCCUCAUAAAAUAAAGGAAAUACUAACAUGCCGAUAAGAUUGUGGCCGCAGCAUUCAAAGAUUGGUGUAUAUUGAAUAGCAAAUUGUUAUGUACAAACGUUUGAUUAAGUUGAAUAUAUAGCUGUCCAUAAGGCAACUAUAUAUUCAUUAAGUUACAGAAUAAAAUGAAAAAUAUUAAUAUUGUUGAGUUUAAUAUUUUCAUAGUAAAAAUAGAAGAAGUAUGUGUGUUUAUUACACUUAAGCCCGAUUUUUCAAUCGCCAGAUAACUUUUAUCUGAGGAAUAAAUAUGGCUGU